ACGACGUGCGCGUUACAAACUUGGCUAACAGCUGAAGCAGCGAAGAGAAGUUUUUUGGAAGAACCAAACGAACGAACCGAACCGAACGAAAGCGACGGAAAUGAAGUUGGCUAAGAAGUGCUCCACCUACUUGGUGAUAUGCUUGGUUCUGCUGGCUUGCUUUUUGCAGGAAACGGAGGCCACGCGACGUGUGAACCGCGGUCGUCGCACCCUCACCCGCCGAUACUUCAGUGGUCUUGCCAUUCCCGGCUGGGCUCUGAUCGUUUGUGUGGCCCUGGCUGAACUGCUGGUUGGCGGAGCCUUGUACUUCAUCCUGAAAAAGGUGAUUCUGGACAAGGAACCCGAGGACACGGCCACCUCUUACACUCCUGCCCAAGGACAUACGACGGCCGCCACUACUUAUACUCCUGCGCAGACCCAUGAGACGGGAGCCACAACCUAUACUCCCGCCAUUAAUCAUGAGACGGCUAAUGUGACUCCCACGCCCACUCAUGCCACUGCCAUCGCUUAAGAAGGAGGGUUUUCCAGUGCAAAAGUAACCUAAUUCAUGACCCCUUUAUAAAUCCCAUUUAAA